CAUAAACCUCCCGCCCUGUGGCAUCGAUCUAUGGAAGAAUGAGAACUCGCUUCCUUGCCACCGAUUACUUUUCUGUUCCGUCGACUAGCGAAGCCCUAAAGGAUUUCCAAGCUCUGUCACUUCCAGCUCCAAAUGUCUACUCUCCGGAUCCCUUCCUUAGUGCAGAGAUCCCAUUACUAAUUCCAGAUUUCUCAGCACAACAUGAAAUCGACAGGUUUCCAUUUGAGGAAGCUCUUACCGAAUUCCUAUCGGAUGUCAUCCCACGGUUCCUUGGCGCUGGAGAAAGACCAUCCAAUCCUGGCAGCUCUGGGAUACAUCUUACUCCGUCCUCCGAGAGCAACCAAGAGGAGAUGGGAUCUACCGCAUGUGAGAUGGAAUGCGUGGAGGUGACUCAUCCAUCUACUUAAAAUUUCAAAUGAAGGAAUAUAUUU